AUGUCUGGAAACCCUUCUGGAAACCCUUCUGUCCCCCCGACCCUCCGUCUCUGUCCUCCCACCCCUCCCAACUACUCUAGAGCUCCCUCACCGACUGCUUCAGUCAGAGCCAUGUACGCCCGGUCUCGUCCCACCUCUGAGGACUUCUCUACCGACGGACAAUCUUCCGAUCCCAUGGACGGGUUCAACAGUAUCGAAGCUGCUUUGGCGACUCUCGCAACUCUUGCAAAGACCCCUCCCUCUGUGCCACUUGUCUCCUUCGAGGCCCUCCAGGAGCAAUACACGGAGAAGAAGGACACUCCUCGCACCCAAGCUAGUGCCCCACCCCUCGUUACUCGCGACCCCAAGCGCAACCCCAAGUCCCGGGUCGUACGUGUUGCCGAGUCGGCGAAAAUUGAAAGGCCCCAGAAGCCUGUGACGACACUUCCGAACCCCUCGGUCGUUUCCUUGAAACAUUUCCGCUCCCGGAGCUGGUCUGUUAAGCGAUUCAGCAGCUUGCUAAACCGAAAGGGGAAUGAAGGUCAAGCUACCGAGGGUACUGACGCCAACACUCCGCAGGAGAAGACCAACGGUCGCAAAUUGAGCAUCUCCAAGAAGCUGAAUUUCAAGCCCCUUCGCCGCGUACUCAAUCCGAGAGGCAUCGAGAACGUCGCUUCGUACACUGGGGGAGGCAGGCUCCGGCGCGCUCGCUCUCUUGGAGGACUCUCUGGGCUGCGCAACAAUAACCACAGCUUGAUCCAAGGGCUAGAAGCAGAUGGGAUUGACGAGGCUACCGCAGAUGCUAUCCGUUACGUAGCCAUGAUGCACGAACGCUUCACUUUCGAAGAACCAGAUGACUUCGAAAUCCCUACUGAAACCAAGUCAGUCUUCGACCUUACGCAAUGA